AUGUUUGGACACUUUUCCAAAGAUGUUGCUCCUACGCAAGUGAUGGACACUCCAUUUUGCCGACUUAUGUUGCAUCACUAUGGACUAUGGAAUUACUUAGAUCAAUCGCAUAAGAACUACACCAAUACAAUUGACGAUAAUGCUAUUAAUGAUGGAAUACUGGGACAUUGCAAACUACAAAUUCACUCUAAUAUGCACAAGAACGACCCUUGUUACAAUAUCCAACUUAAGGAGUACCAGUGUGUUGCCGAUUCACAGUCACAGGAAGAUUCCGCUAAAAAGUGUGUAAAAUGGUACAAUGAGUGGAUACAGUGCAAGUGGGAUCAUGAAAAGAUGAUUCGGGGAUACAAUUACAUAGAGCCCAGACCUGAAAGGAAGCACAAGGCAUAUAUCGCCGCGCCCAAUUACCAGUAUUCAUAG